AUGCAUGCCGGGGGCUAUGCUGAAUAUGCAGUUGCGCCCAUCAAGAACCUGGUGAAGGUUCCGGAUGCCGUAAGCCUCGCUCAGGCAGCAGUGGCGACUGACUCCAUUGCGACGGCCUACCAUGUCGUCGCCGAAGGUCGAGUCAAAUACACGUGCGCCGCCUGUAUUAUCGGCCUCGGUGGACUUGGACUCAAUGGUGUUGCUGUUGCCGCCAGGCUAGGGGCGGAGGUCUAUGGCGUUGUCAUCAGCCCUUCCAUAUUCGAGCCGGCGCGUGCAGCCGGCGCAAUGGCCUUGGCGACCAAACAUUAG